CUUUCUUUUAAGUCACCUAACCCCCCAUACCCCCGCCGGCCGCCGGACUAUUUCGACGGAGUUUGGACUUCCUCCGGUUGGUUAUUCCCUCUCCUUUUCAACCGCAGCUUCUACCUUUUUCUCUGAUCGCAAAUCCACACGAACAAGCCAAGAAUUUGUAUCGAAAUCGAUAUAUGCGGAUCCAUAGCAGCUGAGCGAUGCCACAGGCGGAAGGAACGGCGGCGGCGGCGGUGGUGAAGCCCCAGCAAAUCUCCGAGAUGUUUCAGAAAUUCGCUCACGCCUUCAAGGCCAAGACCUUCGAGCUCUUCGCCGACGAAGAGACUUCUGCCGACGACGGCGACGGAGACGGCUACGCCCUCCUGAAUUCCGCCGAGGAGUUCAUCCCCGAUCAGAAAGUUGUGGUCAUCAAGCCCGAUUCUCCCGACCCGACCGCGAAAGCGCAGUUCACCAAUGCCCUCGCCUCAUCCCUCUUUGCCAACGUUUCCUCCUUCGAGGCCUCUUAUCUCCAGCUCCAAAUGGCCCACGCCCCGUUCAACAGGGAAGCCAUUGAAUCGGCCGACAAAGCUCUGGUAUCCACUCUUCAGAAAUUGACCGAAAUCCGGAAUUUGUAUUGGAGCUUCCGGAAACAUCCGAGCUGUAAUCUGGAGUACUUCCCAGUCGGGUCAGUUUUCGAGUUCCAAGUUCAAGAGAACCAGAGCAAGCUCAGAUCAUUGGAGACCAUGGUAAAUCGAUUACAGUCUGAUAUUGAGUCUAAGGAUGACGAGGUUUUGAUUUUGAGGAAGAAAUUGAACAAAAUCCAGGACAUUAAUUCGAGCCUUUCGAAGAAAUUAGGGCUCAGAAGAACUGAGAAUUCAUGCAGUGCCAUGGAUGUUGUGUUGACAAUCCAUGUUUUUGAAUCUAUGUUGCGCGAUUCGAUAAAAUCUGUGCAUUGUUUUAGCAAGAUAUUGUUGGAGCUGAUGAAAAAAGCUGGAUGGGAUCUGAAGCAGGCUGCGAAUUCAGUUUAUUCUGAUGUCAAUUAUGCAGAGGAAGGGCAUGAGAAAUAUGCAUUCCUUUCCUAUGUUUUUCUGCAGAUCUUUCGUGGUUUCGAUAAGCCCAAUUUUGGUACACAUGAUGAUGAUGAUGAUGAUGACAACAAUGGUUGCAUUGAUAGUGGCUACAUGAGACAACUAGUCGAACAUUUGUCGUGUAAUCCGAUGGACGUUCUACAAAAGAAUCCGAACUCUGGGUUUUCGAGGUUCUGCGAGAGGAAGUAUGAGCAGCUGAUCCAUCCCACCAUGGAAUCGUCGAUCUUCAGCAACAUGGACCGCAAGGAAGUCAUCUUGGAUUCUUGGAAAUCAUUGGGUGUUUUCUGCGAGCUGUUUGUCAGGAUGUCAAGUUCCAUAUGGCUGCUCCACAAGUUGGCCUUUUCGUUCAAUCCCAUCGUUGAGAUCUUCCAAGUGCAAGGAGGGGCAGACUUCUCAAUGGUGCACAUGGAAGAUGUCACCAAGAAAAACAGCUUCUUUCUGGGCAAGACUAGGCCCAAAGUCGGCUUCACGGUCGUGCCCGGGUUCAAAAUGGGCAAAGUGAUCAUUCAGUCUCAGGUAUACCUUACUGGGUUUAUGCAUCAAGAUUUGCAGAGCAAGAACUCGGUUCAAAACUGUUGAUUUUCCUGACUUUGAAAGCUGAAAUGAAACAAGUUCUUAGGGUUUAGUUAGUUUUUUCUUUGUAUAUCUGUGGUUGGUUGUUGCAAAGGAGUUUGCUAAUGUUUGUGAGGAGUCUUGUGGAGAUGUGUAUACAUAAAAAGAUUAAGGAAUGAUAUCAUAAUAUAGCAAGAGAUGGGUUUCAGUUUCUUCUGUUGUU